AUGCCUUUUGGUCUAGCCACAGCACCUUACACUUUACAGAGGGCUGUCAAUGCUGUCUUACAUCCAGUUUUAGGAAGACACACGCUUGCCUUUUUAGAUGAUGUCGUCGUGGCCUCUGGAAGCUUCGAAGAACAUAUGGACCAUCUGGACAAACCAAUGGGUCUGUUAGCAAAGGCUGGUUUCGGGCUGAACCUGAAGAAAUGUAAGUUUGCUGUGAACACUUUAAAAUUCUUGGGUCAUCUAAUUACUCCCAAUGGUGUACUUCUAGAUCCUGAUAAGGUUAAGAAAGUUGCGUUUCCUAUCAUCGACAUUGAAGCCUUGGUAGUGGUUGAAGCGGUUAGAACCUUCGAUCCCUACUUGUAUGGUAGGCAUUUUAAGAUAAUCACUGACCAUUGUCCACUUGUGCACACGGUUGUCGCCACUCAGCAAGAAGACCCUCUUUGGAAUGAAGUUCGUGACUACUUGCAAGAACGCCGGAUGCCUAGGCAAAGGAUCCCGCAGAAUCUUGAAGAAUUUGAACUAAGAGCUGAUCUCCUAUACCAUCUUAGGGUCCUCCCUGGGAGAGUAAUUAGCCAACUAGUGAUUCCUCGUACUCUGAGGACUAGAGCUCUGGAUGCUAUUCAUGCAGAUGCAGCUGCUGCCCAUCAAGAAUCUUCAGAACCUACUGUCGCCUAA